AUGGACAUGGACAGCCCCGCACAUCAGCUUUCCUCGCGCAAGCACCUACGAUCCAGCGACGACGAGAGCAGCGAUUGGAGCUCAGACAUCUCUGGACAAUUCGACGAUGCAGAAGAAGCGCAAGCAGAUGACCACCGAUCGCCACCCGCGAAGCUGACCAAACGACGCCGUUCAAACGACUGGCCAUUGCCCGAAGAAGCUGCUGAUUAUGGAUCCCAUGAUCGCCGCACACAUCGCGGUGAAAAUGGGAGUCGCAGCGUGAGUGGAAAUGGCUCAGGCUACAAAGCCUCCCCCCGCGCUUCACCUCGUGGCUCGCUAGCUUCGCUGCGCGCCCGCCAUCCCCGAGGACGAACAUCGCGAUUCAUUGAAGCGACUAUGAGUGAUAGCGUCAGCGAGAAACCGCCCAGUAUCUACUUCCAGGAGCAGGAAAACAAAAAUGCUGGCAUGCAGCACCGCUCAUCUGGUAUCUUUCGUUUUGGGAAGGCCAUUGCCUCGGCGUUUAAUCCCUUCGGAGGGUGGGGGAGAAACUCUGAAGAAGCGCCGAAUAAGUCGCCGCAGAAGGAUGUCAUCCAUCAGGCGGAACAGGCUUAUGCGGAAUUGAAAAAGGCCGGCUACAAGGGUACGAAUAAGGGUCAUUACACCGAGGGUCUUGGUGUCAACGCGGCCCUCGCCGACCAGACCUGGCGAUCUAUUCAGCAAAAGAUGGAACACGGUUCCCCAGUCAAAGAACCGUAUCGUCAUCCAAUUGAUCAAGUAGACCGUUGUGCUCCAUCACGCUCUGAAUCUUCAGCUUCUAAACGCUCCUCUCUUCAGGAUCUUCGCCUGCCGAAGUCAUUUUUCAAGUCCCAUGGGUCGCCAUCUGCUCCCUCGGCAGUGUAUUGUGAUAGAAAAUCCGAUGAAUACGAAUCGACUGGCCUGCGCAAGCAACCCUCACGCAGGGAACUCUCUCGCCAAACAAAACUGCUAAAGAAAGUAAGCAAUCUCGAGGAUAAGCUGCAACGUGCCCGUCGGGAGCUUCGUGACCUCACAGGCAAUGAGGAGCGGAUCACAGCACCUACAGUCCAACCAAAAACCCUCAAUACCGAGAUGGAUCCCGCAUCAUUCCCAAAAAAGUUUGUUCCUGGUGCCCUUCCUACUCUGCCGUCGGAAAGGCUUCUGGACCAAAAGGCCGCAGAAAACGAGACAGCUGGGCCUGCGGUGACCAACUUAACGGCUCUGCCAUCUGUGGAUGACCGCGAAACGUUCUUCUUUGAAGAGUCACGACUGCCGCAUACCCCGGCUAAGGCUCAAACUACAAAACGGCACCUGAAAGGGACACAGCCGUCGUCAAUGGGUAAGGACCGUUCUUCCCGCAAACGGAAGUCUUCCAUUCCUGAACCUAUCCAUAGUGGGAACUCUCCUCAGCCCAGUUCGACGAAAGGCCUCGAUAAUCAUGAACGCGACCCCGAGCUCGAGGUUCUGAUUGACUCCGGUCUACUUAGCCCACCCGGAAAAGCGAAAUGGCCGAAAUCCGAGGCCGGCGAGAGCCCCGGCUCAGCCAAGCGCAAGCAAGCCAUCGACCACAUAGCUCUCUCGACCGAGCACGAAGAGCAGGAAGCAGGAAGAAUUUCAAGUGCCACACGCAACAUCAAAAGGUCCCCCUACGUUCAACUCCGAAAAGUCCCCGGAUCCAGCUGCUCACCAAGUUCCAAGCCCAACCCCCCUCUCCGGAUGAGAAAUAGCCAGACCAGCACGCGCCCUGAAUCUUCCCCCGCCGCUGUCUCUGACGGGGAUUCUCGUUCCAACAUUUGGUCUACGCCUCUUUCUGCUCUGCCAAAUGACUCCUACCGCGAAGCCUUCUACCACCACCCACAGCGCCAGCUCAAUCCUGAUCGUAGCCCUCGCACCCCGACAAGGUCGAAAACAGGUCCUAGUCGUAGACGGUCUGGGUAUCUCGGUGAUGACGACAUCCCGCCCGUACCGCCCCUCCCAGAGGAACUUCGCUUGAGUGCUGCCAAGGUCAAUGUCAAUGUGAACCGGUCGCCUAAAAAGAGACCUUUGUCUGCUCCUAUGCUUUCUUCGUCCUCGGCUUCCGGCCCGGAGUCUGUAAUUUCGGGCCUGGAGGAUUACCAGUGGCCUGAGGAUAUCUUUUAA